AGUUUUGUUUGAUUAGUAAACUUAGUAGGUUCACUAUGUAAGUACCUGUACUGCAAUGCAUGUUUACAUAAAGUUGUGUUUGUAAGGUCUUUAUAGCAUACAAGCAAUCAGCAAAUCAUCGUUCUUCUUCCUCGUAUUGGACUUUAUAAACAAGUCCUUUUCUGCAGAUUCUUGGACCGACCGAUAUAGAAAUCAUAAAUUUUAAGAGUUUGAAGAUUGCAUUAAGAGGGGAAAUAGUCUGAUAAUUAUCAUUUUCUUCCAUUGUUUGGAAAUUACUUCCUUGGAUAAAUUAUUCUCUGGGUAGGAAUUAAAAUGUGAUUCAUAUGGAAUUGAGUUUUGUCUGUAAAAUGCAACGGUUGACUUGGAAGUUUGUGUCGUCUGAUGGAGUACUGUGUUGCAAAUGGAUCAUAAAAGUGUUAUGCCAAUGAAGUAGGUGGAGAAUGGAAUCUGUCGGACUUCUUGCAUCGUGUGAAUGUGGCUUGUCCAUAGACACUGAAAGUUGCAGCCAGUGCAAGCAGCGUCUUUCUUCUUGGUACUUUGAGAGAGAUAAAAAGCUCUACUGUCAGAAGGACUAUUGGGCCCAGUUUGGAGAGUCCUGCCAAGGAUGUGCACAACUCAUUGCUGGACCUGUAAUGGUUGCUGGUGAACACAAGUUUCAUCCUGAUUGCUUUGUCUGCUCCAAAUGUCAGGCCUAUAUCGGAGAUGGGGACAACUACGCCUUGGUGGAAAGAUCAAAAUUAUACUGUGGCCAGUGCUACAAAAAGUUGACUGUCCUGCAAAGGGAGAAGAGAAGCACUAGGAAGAAGAAAAAGCCAGCACACACCGUGCAGCUGAUCAACAUACCACCGACGCCAGAGGGACAGAAAAGAUUCUCGCUGUCGCUAGAAGAAAUUCAGGGCAAGGAAUCAAGCUCGAGUGAAGAUGGAACUGCUCCGGGCAAGAGUAUCUGUAUAUCUGACUUAGAGACGACACCUGAAACACUUUCUCUUGAAGUUGGGGAUAGGAUUCUAGAAGUAAAUGGUACACCUGUCACAGAUCAUAAUAUAUCAGAGAUCGACAGGAUACUGUGCCAAAGAACGUCCCAGCUCCGCCUCACGGUCGAACACGGUCCAUCCUCGGAUCCAAUCCCCGAUGUCUGCGAGAUCUUUAGUCGAUCCAGCAGCGAAGAGAGUAACUCACCAUCCACCUCCAAUGCACCCGAGUUUCCUUCCUUUAAUAACAAUGUUCAUACUUCAUUAUCUGAUGGUUCACCCGGUGAGAAAGGACGGUUAGGUAUGUUCAGCUAUGACAGGAGACAUAUAAAGCUAGACAGGCAUGGCUCAGCACCUAAAGGACGCAGUAACUAUCCUGGAGUAUGUAGUCCUACCUCGCCGUUGUCAAGGACUCAGUCCUACCGUAUCUCUAAGAAUCAGAGGAUAUUCAGACCGGCAGAUCUUAUCAAGGGAGAAAUCCUCGGACAAGGGUUCUUUGGAAAAGCUGUCAAGGUAACUCAUCGGUAUACUGGUGAAGUAAUGGUUAUCAAAGAGCUCCUAAGAUACAGUGAGGCUGCACAAAGAGACUUCCUCAAAGAGGUCAAGGUCUUAAGGAGUUUAGAUCAUUACCAUGUUCUCAAGUUCAUAGGUGUCCUUUACAGAGACAAGAAGCUCAACCUUGUUACUGAGUUCAUUGGAGGAGGAGCGCUAGAAAACAUUAUCUCUGAUCUGGAGAAACCUUUCCCAUGGCUGCAAAGAAUAAAUGCUGCAAGAGACAUUGCUUCAGGAAUGUCUUACCUUCAUUCGAUGGGGAUAAUCCACAGAGAUCUCAACUCAAAUAACUGCCUUGUAAGGGAUGAUGGCUCUGUAGUUGUGGCAGAUUUUGGUCUUGCCAGGGUAUUGAUCGAUGAGACUGACAGUCGAUGUCCAAACUCAUUGGGUCCCGGGAAGGCAAGACGCCAAGCAGCGGGUCGUAAGAAGCGUUAUACCAUGGUGGGUACAGCAUACUGGAUGGCCCCCGAGAUGCUAAAAGGUAAUGACUACAAUGAGAGGGUAGAUGUGUUUUCCUUUGGAAUCGUCAUGGGUGAAUUGAUAGGGAGAGUGAAUGCCUGCCCGGAUGACUUGCCACGGAGGAACGACUUUGGACUGGAUGAAGAGGCUUUCAUGAAGAAAUGUUGUCACAACUGUCCCAAGACGUUCCACCAUAUUAUGCUCAUGUGUGUUAGGAUGGAAUCGGAUGAAAGGCCUUCAUUUGAUGAGUUGGAGCAGAGACUGACAUCCUAUUCUCUUCACUUUGAGAGACUUUCACCCCGUGCCAAAGAUCAAGAAAGUUAUCAUAUUUCACCUCCUGGUAUAGAGUCGGCAUCAAACACCUGAACAAGAAGCCAGACAUAAGAAGUGAAUGGUUACCAGUCUGUGAUCAAGGACAAUAAUGUCACUGUAUGUGGAGGAAGACAUUUUGAACAAGUUCCAGAAGUUCUCUUUUAUCCAGCCUUUACUUGCUGCUGCCUCAAACAUUUGGUCAUUAUCUUACAUUUUUUCCAUUAUCUGGAAAACAGUUGGUUAAAAUUUCUGUUAUUUAUUUUGCUUGUUUCAAGUGUCAGAUGAUGAAUUGAACAGUAUGCAUAGAUAGUAUAAUCACUGCAUUAUGCAUGAUAUCAUUGUCAUCGGUAGAAAGCUGAUCAAUAACAAUAGAUAUCACUGGAAGAUUUCUGCAUCUUCAAUCCAAUUCUGAGAGCAAGGCAAAAUAGGUAAGAUUGACUUAAACUUUGAAAUGACUAUUCUAAAUUAUGGAAAUAGAAUAUGUGAUAGAACCUCAAAUGAAUACAGCUCUUUGAGAAAUAAUAAGUAUUUGUUAAGACUAUUUUGCUGCUCCCAGUUAUAUAUAAAUAUUUCUUUCUUUUUUUUUACACUUUAUGGUAUUAUAACAAGGUAAUUUGUAAAAUAACUCUCUAUAAGGAGGGUGCAACGUUUCCAGUAUAAUGGUGCAAUAUUUUUGUCCAUUGAGCAGGGUUAUUAAAAUGAGAUGCGAAUUCGGGAUAUUUAUUUUUAUACCAUUCUUGUAGAAAAUAUCUUGAAAUUUGUAUGGAAUAUGUUGUCAUAAGCUUUUUUUUACAAAGCACUAGCAUGGUUUAAGAUUAAUUAAUCAUCUUGAACACAGAAGUACUACUUCCAACUAGAUUUGGAAACAUUAGAAUCAUAAAUUUUGAUACAUUAUAUUUAUGUGUAUAUUUCCAUCCACUUAAUAAAGGGGAUACAAAAGUUGCCAAAUGUGGUGGGUUUUUUUAGCUUAGCCCAGCUCCAGUAAUAUUCAGGAAUCUCUGCAGGUAUUCAGUAAAACGAGUGCACAAUGUAGGAUAACCACUUCUGACCUUGCUCUUGAAAAAAAAAGUUGAAUAGUCAUGAUCGUCCACGAUCACAUGUAUGCUGAUAAAGCCGUGAGUUUUGGUAAGUCCUAUAUGAAUAUGUAUGCCCUAAAACAGUUUAAUAUGAAGGAUAUGAAAUAAGUGUGUUUCAGUGGAUAAAUUUUGCAACUUUACAUGAAAUUUUAUUUAGAUCACUAUAUGCAAGAGAAGUACUUGCUCAAAGAGUUAAAAGAAAAAAGAAAUCAUUAUUGAGAGAAGGUGCUAGAUGCCUAAUAAAUCUAAAUGUAAUUUCACAAAGUAUAACAGUUGAAGAAUGGCCACUACACUCAUAAAACAAAUUUUCAUCUUUUCACAAUCAAAUUAGUUUUUACCUUGUUUCUGCACGCUUCAUCAGACUAGUGCUGACUUGCCAUAGAGGGGGUAGUAUCAGCUGGGAAGUAGUCCGUGAGAAUGGGAAUGUACGCAGGAGAUAACUUUUAUUGUUCAGCGUCUCUGUUCCAUGGAAUGUCCCAUUCUCUUGGACUGCCGCGCAGCGGAUACUACCCCAUCUACGACGAGUCAGUGCUAGACUCCAGAAGCCUGCAGAAAUAGGAAAAGUAAGAGAUUUUGAAGUCAACUUUAAAAGGUUUUGUGUCACAAUUGGCUAUCCAUAUAUUCAAACUGAAGAAUAAGUACAUGGUACAAGAGUUUUUAAUACAUAGCAUUUACUUAUAGUUUAUAUGACCACACUACUUGCCAAAUGAAUAUAAUAAUUGUAAAGUGAUACAGAAAUUUACUAUAAACUACUGAUGGGGCCAAAAUUUGCCAAAUUUUUACAAACAUAUGUUUGUCUUUUUAAGAUUUUCCAUGUUUCCUACAAACAGUGUGUGUGUGUUUUUCAUGCAUCACUAUAACAGCUGAAUUUUUUUCUAUAGAAUUUCAUUUUAUUUAUUGUGCAAUGUCAAAAAUGAGAUUUAUGGUUUAUGCUUCUGAUAGAAUUUUUAAUUGCAGUCUUUCAAUGAAAAUCUUAAUAGAUAUCUUUAUUUAGGUUAUACACUUUAACUUUAUUGGUUUAAUGUUCAAGUUAUCUAAAUGCUUUCAUAGAAUGAAUAUAUUUAAACUGUCUUGUUAAGUAAAGUGAUUUGUGAGAGUAUAUUUAGCUGCUGCUUUGCACAAAAAUAAGUUAGAGAAAAAUCAAAAGCUAGUAUGUUUAUUUCACGUGCCAAUUUAUCUGUUAUCAGGAAUACAUUCCUUAUGUGCAAUUGUCAAUUAUGUUUCAUUUUGAUUUCUUUUCCCUUGAAAAUGAAUUUUCAGAGCAUAAUCAACUCAUAAGCAUUUUUUUUGGUCAAAAUACUCCAUGUUGUUAUUAUUUUGUUGCAGCCAGUUUUGCAUGUGAAUUUGUGUUUUUAAGGAUGUUUCGAAACUGAAAUUGCAAUUAUUUGUUCAACAGUAACCGUUGUUUUGCCAGUUUUCUGAUCAUUCACCGGAUAGAGGAUAUGUGGAACUGUCAUGCUGUAAUAUUUCUGGACCAUUUGCAGCCUGUACCAAAAAUAUUGAUACAGUAUGUCCAUUAUUCAUGUCAUUCUAAAUCUAUCCUAUAUCUCAGUAGCAAAUUCUGUCUGUUCAGCCUACUUUAUAGCAUGUUAUGGUAUGCUUUAUUGAAGGGAAAGACCUAUUAUGAUACUGAGAAAGAAUAGUGGAAAAUAAAUCUCAUUUAUCUACAAUACAUAGGAAUGUUGGGAUGGCGACUUUAUGUAUGCUUGCUUCAUCUGGGUGGUGUUUCACAAAGUUUGACUUCAACGCAUGAUUGGGAGCCGAUGCCCACAUGUUAUUUAAUACGUAAUCUCAUGGAUGGAUACAUCAUACACGUCCCUUGUGCUUCUGGUCAAUAUAGUGACACAUUAUCAUGCGACUAGGAAUUUAAGUGCAGUUUUUAGUCAUACCUGUUAAUUCAUAUCUGCAUGAAACAUUCCCAGAUUAUGUAAAAUCUCUUUCAGGCACAAUCUUCUUUAUAUCUACAGUGUAACGGUAAUUAACUUUUGGAAAAAGGAUUGCCGAGUAGAAUAUCUCAAUUUUCUUGCUUGACUUUCUCAGGCCUUCAUAUUAUAAUAUUGUUGCAUUAUGUAUGGCCACGGCUAUUUUAGCUCUUUUUGUUUGCAACUUGUCAUUACUCUGCUGGUGUUUUAGUGCCGUCCUGGGACAAGGAGCAUAGAAUCAAAUAAUGCAUCUGGCCCAUCUACUUAUUGGCCAAUGACUUCCUGUCAGAAAAUUGAGAAAUAUUGCAGGGUACAGUAAUCUCAUAUUUAUAACCUCACUUGGUAGAUUGAAAUAUUUAAUAUCGGUAUAUAAAAUUUGUAAGAAAUUUAGUUAAUUGUCAAAGUCUCUGACACUGAUUUUCUGUUUUAUCAGCAUACCAGUCUGCAGAAAGUAGCAUCAGUGUGACACUCGUGGACUGACCUACUGACAGACGCUUGUGCUUUGUUGAAACAAGUAAAAAAAGUCCUAAUAAACCUUUAACCCUAUCUAAACUGGGCUAUUUCGGACCAGAAUAUACUGGGGGGGGGGUCAAAUUGACCCCCCCUCAGCCGCUGAUUGCGCUAUUGCCGCGAAAAUUUGCACGCAUGUAAAGCCGGAUGUAAACUACAAGACUGUAUGGUAAAAUUUUCAAAAAAUUAAUUGUUUAUAUUUUUUGCAAAUGAGCGUAUGAAAUUUGCCCUAAAUUUGAUUUUUUUUUUGGGUGUAUAUUUUUGCCUUUAACUCAAUUUAUAUAGAUAGUGGAAUGCUAAUUUUUGGUGGGUUUAUCAAUUAUUACAUUUCUAACAAAUACCUACCAAAAAAUUGCAAAAAUAUAAUUAAUUUCUCAUGUAUUUUAAUGUUUUUUAAUUUCUUAUGUAUUUCUUUGUUUUGCGAUGAACUUUGUCGGGGACACUUUUGCGAUCAUAAAUAGCAUAAAAUGAAUCCAUUUAAACCAACAAAAGUAAAAAUAACCAUACAUUUAUGAUUUUUUGUUCAAAAACACAAUUUGCAUUGACUUUGUACACGGAAUCACGUUUUUGAGCAAUUUCGGGUCUGACAUGCACUUACAAAAUGUUGCGCAAUUUCAGAACCGCUAAACUGGGCGUCGCAAAUUUGGUCUAAAAAAUGCGCAAGACUUGAAAGUAAAAAGUCAGCGAGCGACGCUGUCAAAAUAUUUUGCGCGGCGGUGCAGUGACGAAAUUUGUCAAAUUGAACCCCCCCCCCCCAGUUUAGUAAGGGUUAAGGUCUGCCUGUUGAAAUUUGUAUUAAUGUGUCAUCAGUGUGGUCUUUUUCUGUACAGUUGAGCUACGAGGAUCAAAUGAAAUGCCCCUUAUACUGUUGAAAUUCCAGAUGUUGUCUUUCUUUUAAAGCACUUUGUUGUGUGGAAUUAUGUACCAUGCACAAUUUCAAUAAAUUCAAUUCUCUUAUGAAAUGAAUUAUCAUCCAGUA